UUCUGAACGUGCCACUCUAAGCGAUUCUUCGUUACAGGAGCGGGACGAUCGCUGUCGUCGAGGAAACGAGGAGCGAAAGCAGAGAUACCCGUCAGAGCAAGAACACAGGAGGGAGAGAAGUGGUGACAGAGAGAGACACAGAGACCACUCUGACAGGCGGAAGAAUCCAAGCGAAAGGCCUGGGGUUCGAGGCCACGAGCGAGAGAGGGAUGCUCGGACCAUCCGCGAGCAGCAAGCGGAGAGGGAGUUUUAUAACGAGAGGAGACGAGAGCAUCGACAAAGUAACGAAGGCAGCGGUGUGGACCAGGGUCCAGAAGUUGGGCAAUCUGAUCACCAGCCUAAAGAGAAAGCUGCUGUAAACAAGGAGAAGCCGAGCUUUGAACUGUCUGGGGCGCUUCUGGAGGAUACCAACACUUUCCGAGGCGUUGUGAUUAAGUACAGCGAGCCCCCCGAGGCUCGGAUCCCAAAGAAGCGAUGGCGCCUCUACCCUUUCAAAAAUGACGAGUUCCUCCCGGUCAUGUACAUUCACAGGCAGAGUGCUUAUCUGCUGGGCAGGCACCGCCGAAUCGCAGAUAUUCCCAUCGACCACCCCUCCUGCUCGAAACAGCACGCUGUGUUUCAGUACCGGCUGGUGGAGUACACUCGUGCUGAUGGCACCGUGGGCCGCAGGGUGAGGCCCUACAUCAUCGACCUGGGCUCCGGGAAUGGCACUUUCCUGAAUAACCAGCGGAUCGAACCCCAGCGUUACUACGAACUGAAGGAGAAGGACGUACUGAAGUUUGGGUUCAGUAGCAGGGAAUAUGUUCUUCUCCAUGAGUCUUCAGAUAAAUCUGAGGCCAACACAAAGGACGAUGACGAGGACGAGGAGAAGGAGGAAGAGUCUGACAGUUAACAGAUGAGGAGGAAAUUGGGGAGGGGUCAGGGGAGAGGAAUCCUUUGUGGCUGAAUGUGCAUCAGGAUGGGAACGUGGGAGCAUC